CCUAGCUAGCCUGUGACAGUUUCGGGUCAGCAUCAGGGACAUUCUCAAAAUUGUAAACGCAUUGCAAAAUAGGUUUUGACAGCUGUUUACUAUUGAUAUAUUGCUUGUGAUGAUACACCACUGUUAAAAAGUACUAAUUUAUACAAUUUCAAUCGUUUUGCAUACUAAUUUGUGCCAUAAUGAGUUUAAAUGUAUGGAAUGCAGUGGUUAUUUUAAAUGCAUACUGUAAUCUCAUAUUAGACUAACAAGUGCAAAUAGUAUCUAGUUUCCUAUUUUCGUUGUUUAAACAUUUUUAAAAAUAUGCAUCAUUUUGGUAGAAUCAUGGGUCCCAAGAGGAAGUUGACGUUUGCACAUAGACUCAGUCCAGAAGUAAAGCAAACAAAGGUCAUCUCCCAGAAAUGCAAAAGGGGAAAGAGAAUGUCUCCGGGAAAGUCUGAACGCGUACGUAAAGCAUUGUUUGAUGUGUGUAAAAAUACCAUGUCACUUAGGAAAGCUUCUAGAGAAUAUGACCUGUCGUACAGUUUUCUUCAGAGAAGAUGUUCAGGGGAAGUGGACAUAGACAGCAUUAAUGGACCGUCUUCAGUGUUCACGCAGGCUGAGGAAGAGGCUUUUGCGGUUUGGUUGAGUGAAAUGGCUCUAAGAGGUAUGGGAUUAAGACCUUGUGAGUUUUUGGACUUCAUUCAAUCUAUUGUCGUAAAAGAACAACGGAAAACUCCAUUCAAGGAUGACAGACCAGGGUUUGGAUGGUACACGUCUUUUAUGUCGAGAAACAAACAUUUGGUAUCAUUGAAACCAGAAACCCAACUUGAACUUUGUAGAUCCAAAGUCACAAAGGACAGAACUGACAAAUGGUAUGCUUGUUUCAAAGGGUUUCUGAUAAGAAAGAACUUAAUUGACAAACCUUCAAGAAUCUGGAAUGCUGAUGAGACAGGGUUUAGUAUGGGCAGCAACAAGUCAAAAGUAAUUGGACCUGCAAGGGUAUCACGAGUUCCCCAUAUCACAGCUGGUAAGGAAAGACUCACCGUCAUGUACUGUGGAAGUGCCUCUGGACAGAUGAUGCCACCCUUCUUUGUGUUUCCUGAGCCCAAACCCAGAGGUUAUAACCCUUUAACAGGUUCAACAGAAGGCAGUGAGAUUGCAUAUACGAAAAAGGGAUGGAUGAAUACAUUAAGUUUCUCAAAAUUUAUUGACCAUUUUGACAAGCAUGCUGGAACAGAGCGCCUUGUUACACUACUUAUUGACAGUGUCAGCAGUCACAUUGAUAUUUCAUUGUUUACUGAAGCCAAAAUGAAAGGAAUUGAACUUUAUAGAAUUGUCCCUAACGUAACCCAUCUGAUGCAGCCACUAGACAAAGGUGUAUUUGGACCUCUGAAAUCUAAGUGGCAUUUAACUGUUCGAAAGCACAGCAGAGAAAAUCCAGGUAGAAGCAUAACUCGAGAAAACUUUGCAGAAAAACUGACAGAAGCAUUCCUCCUCUUCUAUAAACCUCUCACAGUUAUAAAUGCAUUCAAGUCAUCGGGAAUAUAUCCUGUAGACAGCAACGCCAUCAGCAGUGAAGCAUUGAAGCCAGCACUUACAUUCGCAAGUGAAAGUACAAGACUCGCCGAACAACACAAAUCUGGGGAAUGCAUACCCGCCAAUGAAACAACAGCAUCAGAACAGUAUAAGGCUGAAGGUGCCCUUGAAGCUUUAGAACGUGCCCUGGCAACACCUGUUAGGCGGAAAUAUAAAGAUAGAGUAGUUGAAGGGUAUGAUGUCCAAGAAAGCUCCCCUUGCUUUGAAGUGUACAAAAAACUUUAUAGUAAGGCGCACCCUAGAACAACAGAUGUUUCAGAGCAAACUGAAAACUCAGCAUUAAAGGGUCUGGAUCUGUUGGCCUCAACUGUAUUGUCACUAGGAAUUGGACACCACAAUAUAGAAACAAACCGGGAAGAGACAACACAGGCAGUGGGCAUUGAUUUAGAAAUGGUUGUUUCUGGAACCAGCAACAGCGACUCAUACCUCUCCCCAGAUUUGGAUGUUUCCAAAAGUAGCACAGAUAUAUCACCGGCUGUAAGUGAAGCUCUUGUUUAUCCAAAACUACAUGCAGGCAAUAAAACAAAGCGCCGAAGAAUACUUGAAGACUUGCCAGACAAUCUCACAUCAGAAGACACAAUAAGGAAAAUGUCUCUGAGGGAGUUGGAAAAGAUAAAAACAUUUGCAGAGAGAGAGAAAAAAUCAAAAUCAUGUUAUUAUAAGAAAAUGAAAACAAAAUAAUCAAAAGUUAAAGUAACUGCCAACAUGAACACACAGAAAACCCAGGGUAAGAAAAGUGAAACAUGUACAAACGACAAACGAGGCAUAGCUAAGGACUUAGAAUUUUGCAAAGGUUGUUUAAUGACAUGGCAAGAGGAGUUGGAGAUAGAUAGAGAAAGUAUAUGGAUACAGUGCGACAUUCGUGAUGGUUGGUUGCACUCUGACUGUAUUGCCGAUUCUGUUGCCGAAUUUGAACCUUUCCAAUGUCCUGACUGCACACUGAAGACGGGGUAAAAAGCUCAUUCAAACUGUUAAAAUAAAACAAAUGUGCUAAUAAUUGUCUCCAAAAAACUAGUUUUCAAUUAAGAAUUACUACUUACAUGUAGCUCAUAAAGUCGUUACUCUAGAAUGACUCAGAUGCAAUUUUACCUAAAUUUAUUCAUAUUUUGGAUAAAUUAAUUAACACUCUAACAAUGUAAAAUUGUGGGCAUUGUUUAAUUUUCCAUUCAUGUUGCAUUGUGUAUGUAUUUUCAGUCACUAAAAGAUUCACCGGAGUACGAUCCACAGGCGGGGGUUUCGGAGAUUACAUUUACUGAAAGCGAUUAUAGUGGACCAGAUUUUUCUGUCAUUGAGUUACACAAAUCAGUUAUUAAGGGUUACCAUGCAUACAAGAUUAGGCCACCCUUUACAAAACAACCAACGCGUUUAAUAGUUGAUAGAGAGUAUACAAACAUUAAAGACUUGAAUGCUUGUUUGGUUUGGAUACCAUCAUUAGACCAGUUUCCACAGAAUGUUCAUGAAAUGGUAACCGAUACCAAAAGGUUUAUUAAAUUAAGUGAUAUUGCUGAUUUGCCGAUCGGACAUGUUCCAAGGUCUUUGGCAGGACUUUUUCGCUCUGUUUUGGACGAAGGUGGUGAAAUAUUUGCUGAAGCAACAGGAGAACCAGUUCCUAGCUUCCCACCAUGGCCUGCACCAAAUGAAGAAGGAGGGGGAGUGGUUCUUCCAGCUUCUUAUUUUAUAUAUGCAAAACAAAACAUAAAGAUGGUUUCAUCUCAGUUAAAAAACCUACUUAAUGCACUGAAAGAGGGUUCUGGAAUGAUGGUUGUAUUAAAGUAGAAUACUUUUUCAGAAAGAAAAAACAGAAACAGAAAUGUACAUAAUGUUACUAUAUUGAAAUACCAUUGUGUUUUUCUUGUCUUAUGAAGUUAUACAUUUAAAGAUGUUGUUCAUCAAGUUAUUUUUAUUUAUCUUUGAAAAGUUACUGAGAAAUGUAAAGAGAAUAAUGUGUUCGUUUAUUCAGUUAUAUUUUGUUGUUUUUCAGUAGUUUAAUAAUAAAUGUGUUAUAAUUUUAAAUUUCAAAGAAAAUGUUAAAUAAAUGACCCGUUCCUUUAAUAACUGUAGUGUUGCUAAUUACUGAGACCAAUAAUCCUACUCACAGCUGAUUAUAAAAAUUGUUUGAGAUUACCCCUGCCUUCAGAAAUGUGUAUUUUUAACGUGACCCGGAAGUGACGAGUCCGACCCAAAACUGUCAUAUUUACAGCUUCCAGUUGCAGACACUGAUGAAUCAUUUCAACAAAGAAACACAAGUGUUUCAUAGCAUCACAGUCUAGAUUAAGUAUUUGUUCAUCAAUUUAUGUAGUUUUAAUUUUCUAUUGUUUCCUUUCCAACAGACACGCUUCGUUUAUUUCUUUACU